AGAUCGUUAUGUUUCGUUUUGGUAACAAAAGAUGGAACCUUUAUAAAGACAACUGAGAUGGAAUCUUCCAAGUUGUUGUCUUUGAUGAGAGUAUGCACGAGUGCAAAUUCUCUAAGACAAGCCAAGCUUCUUCGCCAGAGGAUACUCGCGGUGGGGCUGCAAAACGAUGUCGUUCUAUGCAAAAGUCUGAUCAAUGUCUACUUCGCUUGUAAAGACCAUUUCUCAGCGAGACUCGUCUCCGAGGACAAUAUCGAUGUCCAAUCAGAUGUCUACGUAUGGAACUCCCUCUUGUCCGGUCUCGAGGUUUUCAGGAGACUGCUGAAUUGCCCAUUUUGCGUUGCGGAUUCUUACACGUACCCAAAUGUGAUCAAGGCCUGUGGCGCGUUGGGUAGAGAGUUUCACGGUAGAAUGAUUCAUAGUGUUGUGGUGAAGAGUGGGCAUGUUUGUGAUGUGGUCGUGGCGAGCUCUUUGGUUGGAAUGUACGCGAAGUUUAACUUGUUGGGAGAUUCGGUACAAGUGUUCGACGAAAUGCCUGAGAGAGACGUUGCGUGUUGGAACGCGGUUAUAUCGUGUUUUUAUCAAAGUGGAGAGGCGGAGAAGGCUCUGGAGUUGUUUAAUAGGAUGGAAAGGUCUGGCUUUAAACCUAACUCAGUCUCGCUGACGGUAGCUAUAUCAGCUUGCUCGAGGCUAUUGUGUUUGGAGAGAGGGAAGGAGAUCCACAUAAAGUAUGUGAAGAAAGGGUUUGAGUCAGAUGAGUAUGUGAGCUCUGCUCUUGUGGAUAUGUAUGGGGAGUGUGGGUGUUUGGAGAUGGCGAGAGAUGUUUUUGAGCGCAUGCCUAGAAAGAGUUUGGUUGCUUGGAACUCUACGAUCAGAGGACUUGUCGGUAGAGGCGAUAGUAAGUCAUGCAUUGAGCUUUUGAGUAGAAUGAUCAUAGAAGGGACUCGACCUAGUCAGACAACCUUGACUAGUAUUCUAAUGGCUUGCUCUCGGUCGUCGAAUCUCCAGCAUGGGAAAUUCGUACACUGUUAUGUGAUUAGGAGCUUUGUAGAGGCAGAUGUUUUUAUGAACUGUUCGCUGAUUGAUCUUUACUUCAAGUGUGGUGAAGUAAAGGUGGCUGAAACCAUCUUUGCAAAGACACAGAAGGAUGUAGUUGAGUCAUGGAAUGUUAUGAUCUCUGGUUAUGUCAGUGUAGGUAACUGGUUUAAGGCUAUUGAAGUGUAUGACCAAAUGGUGAGCGUUGGAGUGAAGCCAGACGUAGUAACUUUCACAAGUGUUUUAUCUGCUUGUUCGCAACUGGCUGUGUUAGAGAAAGGCAGGUGGAUUCAUUUGUCCAUUAUCGAGAAUAGGCUCGAAACUGACGAGUUGCUGAUGGGUGCACUUCUUGACAUGUAUUCCAAAUGCGGCGAUGUUAAAGAGGCUUCUAGAAUCUUUAAAAGUAUGCCAGAGAAGGAUGCUGUGUCCUGGACAGUAAUGAUAUCUGCCUAUGGAUCUCACGGUCAGCCCAGAGAAGCGCUUCACCAUUUUGAUGAAAUGCAGAAGCUUGGUGUAAAACCUGAUUCUGUUACUUUUCUUGCUUUAUUGUCAGCUUGUGGUCAUGCUGGGUUUAUUGAUGAAGUUAUCAAGUUUUUUAAUGAAAUGAGAUCCAAGUACGGAAUCAAGCCUAGUGUUGAACACUACUCGUGCUUGGUUGACAUUCUUGGCCGAGCAGGUCGGUUGCUUGAAGCUUACGACAUUCUUCAACAAAAAUCAGAGAGGAGAGAUGAUGCAGAGCUUCUCAGAACUCUCUUCUCCGCCUGUUGCUUGCACCGGGAUAAUUCAUUGGGUUAUAAAAUCGCAAGGUUGCUUUUGGAGAGAUAUCCAGAUGAUGCAUCAACCUACACUGUCUUGUUCAAUUUGUAUGCUUAUGGUGAGUUAUGGGAUGCAGCAAGGGAAGUCAAAUUGAAGAUGAAAGAAGUGGGACUGAACAAGACGCCUGGCUGCAGUUGGAUUGAGAUUAACGAACAAGUGUGCCACUUCUUUGCUGAGGACAGGUCUCAUCCACAAGCUGAUAAUGUUUAUGACUGUCUUGCCCUCUUAAGUGGCCAUAUUGAAGCUAGUCAAUGAUUACUCUACCUGUUGUUGCAUCUGUCCCAAGACAAUAACAUGUCAGGCAACACAUAGCGCACUUCCUGGCGAGUUUACCUUGUGUUACCUAGCUAGAGCCACUCUGUAAUUAAAGAUUAUGUCCUCAGGUUUCUUCCAAAUGUAUGCUCGUACAGUGGCUAAGCUCAUAUCUGGAGACGAGACCUGGAAAUCACAGAAUCAGCUUGUUAAGACCAGAGUCAACAUGUUCUUAUUCAAAUUUAACACGUCUCUGUUCGUCAUGAAAGACUAAAGAAACCUUGUAUACGAAUGGGAUAAUGGGAGGCCGCUCCUCGAGAAAAAAAA